CUUCUCCGCCUGGCCAUCCUCACACUCUCGCCGGGCUUUGUAGCGAACCAUUUGUCGUCGCGCGUCGAGCUCAGCACCCCGGUGACUAACCACAAGCGGCUAGUCGAGGGUCUUCAUUUGGCUGCCCACGGCAUUUCACCAUACCAGGGCGGUCUCUACCAUCAGUCUCCGCUGCUGCUGAUGCUUUUCAAGCUGCCCUACGCGUUGCUGCCGCAGUUUUUUUCGGACGUGCUUUAUGUGGCCGCCGACGUCACAGUUGCCCUGCUUCUGGCCAAGAUGGCUGCUGUUCCUGGAGAGACCGUAUUCCAGUGCUUGCCAUCGACUGUGGCGCUGCUGUACUUGUUCAAUCCGCUGACGCUGGCCACCAGCCUGUCGAGAUCGUCUAUUGUGUUCAGCCACCUGGCGACUAUCUCGGCCCUGUACUCUGCUAUCAUUGGGCUCACAGAUUGCGCUGUUAUUUUGACUGCCGUUGCCACGCACCUGUCGCUCUAUCCGGUGAUGCUUAUUGCGCCGAUUUGCCUUAUGACUUUCCAUUUGAGCCAGCGCAAUUUCAAGCAGCAGAAACAGACACUGGUUUCCAGCAUAAUAUUGACGCUGGGCAAAUUCAUACUGGCACUUUUUGCUCUUCACCUGUCAUUUGCCGCGCUCUACGGCGCAGAGUACUUUUCGGCAACCUUUGACUUUACGCUGCGCGUUGCCGAUCUGCAGCCCAAUGUUGGUCUUUUCUGGUACUUUUUCAUUGAAAUAUUCGACGAGUUCCGCUCCUUCUUCUUUGUCGUCUUCCAGCUCACAGCCCUAGCCUUUGCGGUCCCCGUGACGUGGCGGUUCCGCAACGACCCGUUGUUUGGCGCGGCCAUGCUUGUCGGAGUAAUUUCCGCACUUAAAUCGUAUCCCUCAUGGGGCGAUCUUCGCUUUUCCUUGGGCUUUUGCCUUUCAAAGUACUUACAGUACACAUUUUUGUCUGCCAAUCUUUUACUGUAUGGGGUUGGACUGGCGCCGGUGUUUUGGUAUUUGUGGAUUGAGCAGGGGAGUGGGAAUGCCAAUUUCUUUUAUGCUGCUACUUUGGUAUAUGUUUUUGGCCAGAUCACCCUGCUGUUUGAUUUGGGCAGCGCCAUGCUGAGACGCGAACUGGAUAUACAUCAUCCUGAGACGCGCUUGCGCACGGUUGUCCAGGAGUAGAAUAAAUAAACAAAACUAAUUAAUUAAACAAUAUAUCACUU